UAUGCAUUAUAUCACGUGUGAUCUGCGAGCUGUUUUGUUUGUUCGCUGCUAAGUAGUAGACUUAUUAGUGAUAGUGAUUACAUUGUUGAUAGCAUCGAAAUGGAAGAUAUUUCAUCAGGCGUUUCUUCCCCUGAAUUUUCAGAAUUAAAAAAUUCAGUAUCGACAUCGAAGACCGGACCGCUUUCAGCAGAGACUAGUGGAGCUAAAGUAAAAACGACAACAAAGAGCAGAACUGGUGGCGUCAAAUUGGGUUCUUUCAGACUAGGCGGAAGGAGGAAGAUAAGUUCCGAAGGAGAUUCCAGUACGGAAGUGAAGGAGGAUAAAAGAAAGUUAAAAAAACAUAAGAAAGAAACCAGCGGUAAGCCAGAAUCAGAGGAUAGUGCAGCGUCGACGCAGUCUGUAGCCACCAAGCAGUCCCUAUCAAGCAGAACAUCUUCACUUGUGCGGAAGUUAAGUAUUGGGAGGCACAGAUCUAGUGGCUCAGGAGGGUCUCUCAAAUCGCCGGAUACGCCGUCAUCUCAAGAAUUUCACUCUGCGUCUACUGAAGAAGACUGUUUCUUCCCCGCGUCGUCUUCAACGGGCGUCACUGACGGACGUCCGAGCCAGGAAGGAAUUAUCAGCGCAGCCCCCACUCAGGAUGUCUUAAGUCCCAUCGACCAAUCGACAGCUCGUACUAAAGUAAGCAAAUCCGAGUCAAGUAUUAACGACGCUACUCAUUGUAACGGUGAUUCAGUUACAAAGGCCAUGUCGGGGAUUAAGGACAACUUGCCCAAUCCGGAAUCUCAAGACGGAACUCCGGAUGUAGUCCAAAGUGAGAAGAGUGAAGCUAAUGGCGAGGUAGCCGCUCCGGAAAUUGGGAAUGAUUGUGACGCCAAGAACUUGGUUGAAAUUCGUGAACAUGUUUCAGAAUCGGACCAGAAUAAAGAAAUUUCAUCGGCAGUUGCGAAUGGAGAUGUACUUCCCACAAGCUACAGCACAUCUGUGAAUCUUUCAGAAGUUUCGCCUCUAAGCACUACACCGACACCUGUAAAUGGAGACAAAACUUCUAAAUUCGAAUGGCGUGUACUGGAUAUUCGUAAGGUUGAUAAAUCGCCAGAGCAAGAUGCCGACAGAAAGCCUACAACAAAAGACCAGAUCCUGUCCAUAACAACGCCUUUGCUGUUGAAACAAAGGCAGCAGGUGGAAGAGUACUUCAAACUUGUUGCGCCGGGGCCUCUGCCUUCUGUGUCAACCAACCACCAGCUGCUGGGCUUAGAUGAGGACGAUUUUCGCGAUUCUAGUGUGGAGACAGAAUCGCGGUCGCCGUCUCCUGUCGCGGACACCGAAGUCAAAAUAUUUCAGAAACUAGGAAUUUCGCAGCCGACGCAACAGGUUGGUGAAAAACGUGAACACCUGUACAAGAUCUUGGUGAUUGGUGAACUUGGUACGGGAAAAACCUCAAUUAUCAAGCGUUAUGUCCAUCAGUUCUUUUCUCAGCAUUACCGUGCCACUAUUGGCGUUGAUUUUGCUCUCAAAGUCCUUAAUUGGGAUGCAAACACAAUCAUAAGACUGCAGCUAUGGGACAUUGCAGGGCAAGAGCGAUUUGGAAAUAUGACUCGUGUAUAUUAUAAGGAAGCAGUUGGAGCGUUCGUUGUUUUUGAUGUAACAAGAGCCGCUACAUUUGAUGCAGUUGUCAAGUGGAAGCAGGAUUUAGAUGCCAAGGUUCAGCUACCAGAUGGCACCUCCAUACCAUGUGUUCUGCUAGCGAACAAGUGUGACCAGCAGAAGGAAGGAAUUGUAAACAGUCCUUCUAAGAUGGAUGAAUAUUGCAAGGACUGGGGUUUCACCGCUUGGUUCGAGACCUCUGCAAAAGAGAACAUCAAUAUUGAAGAUGCUGCUAGGUCCUUAGUAACAAGGAUUCUGCAGAAUGAAAUGUUGACAAAUCAUAAUGAAUCUUCAAAAGAUCUGGAGAGAUUUGCUCUUGAUGGAAAGAACCAGCGGGACCAGAAGAGCAAGACAUGUUCAUGCUGACAGAGCUCUUGAUAUAAGCAAUGGAACACUUUCAUGUGCCUCAAGGUGACAAGUUACGAUUGUACCUGAGCUGCAGGACAGUGGUGGAAUUUUGAACAGAAUGGAGCACUUGUAACUCAUUCUGCUUGAGUGUGUUGAGAGAAUCUUAGGAUUGCUAUAUUGCCAGUUACUAAUUAUCAUAAUUUAUUGAUAGAGGUCAGUAGUGUAAUUUGAAUAGCAGCAAAACAUUCCAGCAAUAGGGGCCAUAAAUAUGUUGAAGAUAAUUUAAAAUUAGAAGCAAAAUUUACAAGAAAUGUGCAGUUGUGUAACUUCCACAAAGUGAACUGCUGGAAACAUUGUAACAAAAAUGAAUACUUUGUUUGCAUGUUAUGAAAUUAAUUUUGAGAACAAAAUAUCCAACAUGUGUAUGUGAUGCAAGUAUAUAUUAAUUAGAUGUUUACUCUAGUAAUUCAUCCACACUUGGAGUUUUCUUGAUGUAUUUGCUUCAAAUUAUGUAUCAAUUUCAAAGCGAAAGUGUAAUAGAACCCUCAGAUUUUUUUUGUGGUUGCAGUUUGGUCAUUAUGUUUGUAGAUCUAUGCUUUUGUGCCUUGACCAAAGUAAGACCAAGUUUUAAGACAAUGAUUGGAAUGUGUCGUCAACCUUGAAUUUAGUAUCAGCUAGACUGUAUACAAUUCAUUACUAUGUUUUAUAUCCCACAUUUAACUGAAUUACCACUUCAACAAAAUUGCAUGUUAUAUAUCCAUACUGUUUUUAAAAUGUUGUUAAAAAAAUUUAACAGUUCAACUAAAUAUAGAUGUGACUAAUUCUUUAUGACCUGAACUAAUAAUGUACUUGAGAUGGAUUUUCUGCACAUAAAUUUUUAUUUUCCUCUCCGUUGUUGAAUUAAUAGAAAGUAGUCACUUUGUCUUGAAUAAAAAAUGAGUUAUGUAAAUGUGAACACACAUAAAACUUGGUCCCCUGGAUUGCAUACUGCAGAAUAUUUCUGUAAAGUUAUAAACAGUGUGCAUUUUUAGCAUAUAAAUGGUGUAAUUUCUUAUACAUUUGCCUGGCUUACAUCAGUGUGCAACUUGCUAGUCGUUUCAGAACUGUGUGGCCAUAUUUCAUUAUGUAUAAUGUAUUUUUAUAAGUAUGUUUGUAA